GGGCAAGAAGUAAGGUAAGCUUGGCCCAAGGAUACAAGCUACGUGAGACCUGUAAACAGCAGAUUUCAUAAAUGUCGGGGCCAUCACAGCACAAGUACCGUUACAAGAACCAGGGUCUAGACUCUGCAGAGAUGCGGCGGCGGAGAGAAGAAGAGGGUGUGCAACUAAGAAAACAAAAGCGAGAGCAGCAGUUAGCCAAGCGAAGAAAUGUCAAUGACCUUACACCAGGUCUUGGAGAAGAUGAAGCAGUAGAGGUUUCUAUGAACCAGGAGAGUAAUCAACAAGGUGGUGUGGUUGGUGGAAGUUUGAUAACAACAGAAAUGGUCCAAGCGCUCUACAGUGAUGAUGUGGAAGCCCAACUGAAUGCCACACAAAAGUUCCGCAAGCUGCUUUCUCGAGAACCAAAUCCACCCAUUGAUGAAGUUAUCCAAACGGGCAUUGUUCCAAGAUUUGUUGAGUUUCUCCAAAGGGAUGGCCACUGUACUUUGCAGUUUGAAGCGGCAUGGGCCCUCACCAACAUAGCCUCUGGCACAAGCACGCAGACCCGAAUUGUAAUAGAAGCUGGUGCAGUACCUAUCUUCAUCCGCCUCUUGAGCUCAGAUUUUGAAGAUGUCCAAGAACAGGCUGUUUGGGCACUAGGCAACAUUGCAGGAGAUUCACCAGAUUGCCGUGAUUAUGUUUUGUCUGAAAAUAUUCUUAUGCCUCUAUUACAGCUCCUUAGUAAAUCCACUCGACUAUCAAUGACAAGGAAUGCAGUUUGGGCACUCAGUAACCUGUGCCGAGGAAAGAACCCACCACCAGACUUUGCGCGUGUAUCCCCAUGUCUCCCUGUUCUGUCCCGUCUACUCUUCCAUAGUGAUGCUGAUGUAUUAGCGGAUGCCUGUUGGGCUCUUAGUUACCUUAGUGAUGGGCCCAAUGAAAAGAUUCAGGCAGUUAUCGAUGCUGGUGUAUGCCGCAGACUUGUGGAACUCUUAAUGUUUAAUCAGCACAGUGUUGUUGCAGCGGCCUUGAGAGCAGUAGGAAAUAUUGUAACUGGAGAUGAUGUUCAAACACAGGUAAUCCUUAACUGUUCUGCCUUGCCAUGUCUGCUACACCUGCUAGCCUCCCCCAAGGAAUCCAUCCGAAAAGAAGCAUGCUGGACCAUCUCAAAUAUCACAGCUGGCAAUCGCUCUCAGAAACAAAUUCUGGUAAACAUCAGUUUCUUGUCAACAUUUUUCUUCCAACAUUCAGUGAUUUUUUUCCUUGGGCAAAAAUCUAGAGAAACCAAUAGUGUUUCUGACGCAAGUGCAAUUUUGUUUUCUUCUAAAAGGAGGAGUACCAGCCAUAUAUAUAAGUUGUUAUAUAUGAUUAUUUAGAAAUAUGUACACAAGAUUAGAGUUGGCCCUCAAAACUCUUACAUCAAGACCUUAGAUCUCUUCACUUUUCUUGAUUCUGUCAGUAUUUUUUCCUGUCUUUUCAUUGUUGAUUAGUUGGGCAGUUUAUUUCUCAAGAUACUACAAAUCUAUCAGCCCUUGUUGAUGCAUAGAUGAGCAUCCCAGUGUUAAUGAGUCAUUCAAGUUUGCAAGUUUUGGAAAAUUAGUUAUUUGUUCUGUCAAUUCCAUUACAAAAAAAGGUUCCAGUGAGCUGUUGCUCUAGAAUAGGAAAAUGCAAAAUUUACCCUGAAUAGAUACCUACUAGUAAGGUAUGGAUAGUAUUUUACUGGUCAGAAGAAAUUGCAUUUUUCUUGCACUUGAGCAGGCAUAUUGGACCCAAGCUUUAGCCUGUGGUUUGAUGCUCUUUACACUGUGGUAUAAGUGCUCAUUCUGUUUGGCCUCCUAGUCUCAUUGGUCUUGAAAAGAAAUAUUUGUGUAAGAUAUAGUGAGGAAGUAUGAAAUGUCAUGUGUCAGAACUAUUUUCUCAACAAAAAAGAUAUUAAUGAAAAUGUAAGGAAAUAGAUAAAAUUUACUUUAUUAGAAAUUAUGACACCUGAUUUUUGGUAUUCCACAAAUGUCUGUUGUCUUAAUCAUUUCAGGUGAUGGAACAGAUUGAUUAGGAUUACUUAGGCCAGAUUACUGAUGAAUCCCCAAACAUAAUGGAAAUGUGUUAAUGUAAUAAUUCCAACUGUUGACUAGAUGGAGAGUGUAAUAAGGGAUGAAUGGGAUGAUUCCUUUUUGCAGUGUAGUUUUCCAGUUUUUUGUAUCAGCACCAAGGAAUUUGAUUUUAUGCCCCUACCCCACUCUCUUAAUGAAAUUAACCCUUUCUGCUUUAAGAUAUGGAAUUGUUGAGCCAAAUAUUAUAGAGGAAAUAAGUGCUGCUUUUUUGUCUUAGUAGUUUGUCAGGAAGUUGUGAGAAUGUAUGUUACUAUGUCUGUUAAACAGGAAAUGCUGUGAGGUGUCGUGAUUGAGGUGUAACUGACUAGGGCGUUGGUUAGCCACGACGACGACGACUAUGACACAUGAAGUCAUUAAUAGGAUAUUCAUGUUAUUGUUAUUUGACGCAUUGGGGUUGUAACCAUAUAGAAAGGGAAGUACUUAGCCAAGCCACUUUAUAUGUUGAUUUGUUUUUCCCAGUGAAAAUAAGUGUUUUAGUUUAUGAAGAAGUAAUGCAGAAUAGAUGCAUGAUCAUGUGCCAACUUAUAAAAACAGUGUAUGCACAACACUUUGCAUGUAAUUGUUUCAGAUCUUAUCUAUUGAGAAACAUUUUUUAUUUACAUAUCAAUAUUGUAUUACAAUUACUUUAGCUGAAUGAUCACUAUAAGUAAAAACUAUACAUAAUGGUAUGGCAGUGGCUUACCCUAGUUCCUACAUAAGUUCGGACUAAAAUGCAAGGAUUUGAUAAAAAAGGAGUAGCAUUAGAUGGGAGUGAAUGAAUAUAUUUAGUUUGAUUUUUUUUUUUUUUUUUUUAUUACUGUAGUUAGGGCUGUCAAGGAAAUGUUAGUUUUUUUCUAAUUUCAGACUAUUUAUUUGUCAAUGUUUGAUACUUAUUUUUUUUUUAUAUAAAUGUUCCUUGACCAAAUGGUUCCAAUGGGUUUUGUGUUUCCUCAUGAUUUGGGUGUGUUGGAUAAAUAUUUUUGGUGAAAGAUACACCAUCAGUGUGUUUCAUGAUAGUGAUGCACACUUUGUGUCACUUGUCAUGUCACAAAGAUGACUUGGUUGUUGCUUGAUCAAAGAUAAUUUUACCAACAUUACCUGUGACAUGGACAAGUGGUUGAAUGAGUAAGGUAGGAUUACCCAAAGGGAAACUAUAUAAUUUCUCAAAGAAAUGUUAAAAAGUACCUUAGGCAGCUCUUUUACCUGCUCAUCUUUGUUGGUCAUGUCAUAUGGCAAGUUUGCCAGAUGUGAUUAGAACCAAAAAUGUAGUUAACUGGUAGUCAUUCAAUAGGCUGAAUUUUGAAACUUGACUUUACUUUUAUACCAUUUUUUUAAGUUGCAUUAAUUAAUGUUUAGAUUUCUGAUCAGUUAUAAGUUUGAAAUACAAAACACAUUACAAAAAUCAAACAGGGAGCUGAAGAGAAGUCAAAUUUUAUUAUUGAGCCCAUUGCUCUAGAUCUGUAAUAGCUCAAGUUUGCCAUUAUUUUGAUAUGUGAUCAAGUUUUAGUUGGCCAUUUUGUUUAUUUUUGAAGAAAGGCUGUGUUGGCACCAGAGUUGGCCAUUUUGUGUGCUCGUUGUAGAGUGCAUAUGAGUUUUGAUUGCUUUAAUUGAGAUAUUGAGUGGAUGUUUGUUUGUGUUUGUAUAAUUGUGUAAAUGAGUUUUGUAAUAGUUUGUCGUACUGACUUCAAUACACCUUAAAUACAGACUUACAUGGUUUAUAUUUACUAUAAUAGGAGAUGAUUCUAAGAUAUCUGAAGUAACAUUUAUGCCAUGUUUAGAAUACAUAAUACUAAUAGCCCAGAUUGAUUGUAAAAGUCAAGUUACUCAUAAAGCAGCUUUUGAAUCUAUCAAAGGCCACAUGCCACAGGAUUAGAAUUAUGUUUUUUAACAUGUUGUUACAUCUUGAAUUCAUAUGUGAGACCCGUGUUUUGCUGAACAUAACCAAGAGUGAUGUGCUUCCUCUGCCUCAGUUUUGAAAAUAUGUGAAAUUUAACCACUGGGGCAGUGUUAAUAGUGUGCCGCAUGAGUUAAUGCUGGUGACAUUUACUUGUGGACUCUGGUGACAUGAAAAAGUGGACACUAGUGACAUUAAAGUUGGACACUGGUGACAUUUAAGUGUGGACACUAGUGACCUAUACAAGUGGACACGGAUGAUGUACGGUAGUAGACACUAGUGACUGACUUUUCCCAAGGGAAUAACUGUAUGUGCUGUGAGUGUACAAGUGACCACUUGUAAUACUAUGAUUUCUGUCCAGGUGAAGUGUGAUAAGCCACUAAGUGUGCAGAAGUGAACAUUGUGAGGUGACUAAUGCCCAAAUGAAUCUUUGUAUGAGUGUAUUGUAUACACUUUCUCAUUUGUAUUUCUGUAUGAUGUACAUCUAUCAGGAGAGAUUUCUUCAUAGUUGUAAAGUGUGGUAGGAAUUUCUACGGAAGUGUAUUGUAUACCUUACAGCAUGUGUGUAAGAAAACAGAUGAGUUCUUUUGUAUUUAUGAGGUCAAAAUGCCUUUUUUUGUGAGCAUGUCUGUAAGACUUUAUUUCCAAGUUGACCAAGUGCUUUCUCUGUAAGUAAUGAACCACUGGUGAGUUGUCCUGCUAGCGACAGAGUGGUUGCUGCUGCAUUUGGCUUUGGAAUUAAGAUGGCUGAAGUAAAUUAAGUGAAGCCCUACCAUAUCUUGCUCUAGGUUUUGUAUGAAAAAAAGUACUGUAUGAAAUCUAUAGUAAAGGCAACCUUUGGUUUGUUAUCUUCUGCACUCUAAGUAUUUUACUUCUGCUCAUCUUGAACUUAGCCAUUUUCAGUGAGGCAUAUAUAUUGCAAUUGUAGCAGUAUAUGAUGCCCAUGUGAUAGUGAAGGUAGUGAUAGUGUUUAUGAUAGUGAGGGUAGUGAUAGUGUCAGUGAUGCUACUGUAUUACUCUGUAUGAAUGUGGCAAUUGAGUAAAUGUUGAGUAUGAGUAAAUGAUGCUCCCUGACCCA